AGAGUGAAUCCACUUUGAAAGAUCCAUCGUUAUCUGAAAUCUUAAAAGAUGGUAGAAUUCCUACCAAGAACAGUUUUUUUUACUAUCGAAACAGAGUUACACCACAUAUUCGUAAUUCUGAGCGUGAACACGAUGCAAUUGCUAUCUCCAAGAUAGCAAGUGGAUUUUAUAACAACGAGUUAUCAGAAUCUGAGAGGCAGCGGUUAAAACUGGAUGCAAAGAAAGAAUAUGAUAAAUUCCUUAUCCAAAGACGUAAGGUUGCAGAACAGUUCAUAGAUACUUACGACAAAGCCGAUGAUUGUGCUCUAGUAUACCAACAGCUGAAAGAGUAUAAGUCGCAAUUACCACUAGAAGAGUCCCUAACAAAAUUAACAGAAGCAGUUGAAAGAUUGAGCUCCCAGGUUUCCAACACUCCU